AUGCAGCGGGGCCGGCAGGAGGAGGAGGAGGAGGAGCUGGACGAGGAGGAGGAGGAGGAUGGGGAUGGCGGCCUGGAGAGCGCCCUGGAGAAGAGCCCGUUCCAGCUGACGGCCGCCGAUGUGUACGACAUCUCGGCCGUGGUGGGCCGGGACCUGCUGCAGCUCCGCGCCGGGCCCGAGCUCCCCGCCGCCCGCGCGCGGCUGCAGUUCAGGAUCGUGCGGGUGCUGGAGAUGCUGGAGGCGCUGGUGAGCGAGAGCAGCGUGGCCGAGGAGCAGCUGCGGCGGGAGCGGGACAGUCUGCGGCGGGAGCUGGAGCAGCUGCGGGCGGCGGCGGCCCCGGGCAGCGCCCCGCAGGUCAGCCUUGGACCAGAUAAAAUGGUGAUCGACCUCACAGAUCCCAACCGGCCCCGGUUCACGCUCCAGGAGCUCCGAGAUGUGUUGCAAGAGAGAAACCAGCUGAAAGCUCAGCUUCUGGUGGUGCAAGAGGAGCUACAGUGCUAUAAGAGUGGAAUCAUCUCCCAGAGAAAGGACCAAACUGAAGAACUGGAAAAAGAAAGCAGUGGCAGCAGCGCCGGCACCAGCAAGGACAGGGGGGAGAAGACAAUCAUCAAACGGCUGUUUUCUUUUAAACACGGAAAAUGAGCAUCCUCAAGGACUCCUGCUGAGCACGGCCCUGAUGAGGGAGGAGACAAGGGCUGGGAGAAGCAGCACCACUCCCACUGCAGAGAAGGAGCAAUCUCAUCAAAACUGUGUUGUAUAAUAAUCCUUCAGGAUAGUUUUUACUCUGCUUUCUCAGAAACUGUUGAAAACAGACACUUUUUGUAUUUCUUAGAUUCCUGUCAGACAUUUCCCACACGUAGAAAAUAAACCUUUAUACACAGGUGGGGUUUAUUCUUAUUAAAAGAGCCUGUGAUGAUCGGUACAAUAACACAUUUCCCCUGUCCAGCUAUCCAAGCACUCAGCCCAAGUGAUUCUGCAAGAUGAAGGUGAUGUUUAAGAGGCAAUCCCAAGUGGCUGGUUGGGGUUGAGAUGAAGGAGAGUGGAGAGGAGAGCACAGCAAGGGAAGGAGAGCUGCUCUGCCCACAGGAAGGAUGGAGGUGCAGGAAUGCUCAGGCUGGAACAGAUGCAACACCUAAUUUCUGACAGCUGAAGGGCUCCUGGGGAAGGCAGCUGAGUUUUGCACGAGCUCUGUUCUUCCCAUCAGCUGCCACAAGCUGGGUGUUGGCCCCAGGAAUGAGAUUUAGCACCAGUGGAAAGAUUUAGGGCAAAGGAGUGGGAAAGCUUGAAAGACUCCAAUUAGAGUCCCCAUUUAGAAAGGGAGAAUAUCCAGAGCAGAAAAGCCUGAGCAGACAUAAAAGGAGCAGUGACAGGGAUCAAACUCUGAUCUUCCUCUCUUCAGAAGUCUCUGAAGUUUUUUGAUUCCCUCUCACACACUUGGCAGCACGAGCAAUAUAGGCCACUUCCCACAGCUGCUGGGCUGCAGUGGGAGGGUGGCUGAGCAGAAGGCAGAGCUGCAGCCUCCCCUCACAGUCCCAGGGCAUGAGGAGGCACCAGAGAAGGAAGUUACUGCAUUGCCUGAGCACAGGCUCUGUGAUUGAAACUAAAGAAAGAAUCACAAAUUAACACACCUCUGAGGUGAAAAGAGAUGUGCUCUGAACUCCAUCCUCCUGGGGUUUAUCCAGGAAUGUAUUUUCCAGUCUCCUUUAGAAAGAGCAGUUUAGCUCCCAACCCAAGGACACCUUUUCCCUGAGAAGUGCUUUACACCAUAUUAGAAGAUGAAACCUUCCUAACAGGGACAGAGACAAACAUCCAAGUGGCAGUUUCUGUGAGAAAUACACUGAUACCUCAGCUCCUAGGAAAGUCAAGGAUACACAUGCAGUGCAACAUCAGCUUUAUUUCCAUCUGACCCAGUGCUACUCCAUGACCAGUUAAGCCUUUCAGAGAAAACAACUUUGUUUUUACGUAAAACAGGGAGAUCUUUCCCCUUUUUGUUUACACAAGUGAUGCUGAAGAACAGAGGUUUUAAGCUAUUCCACCUGAUAAAGGACAAGUAAAUGUUUAAAUAAAAUAACCCCCAAAGAAUAAUUUGACUCUAAUCUUAAGGGAAGUGCUCUAGUUGAAGGGGAUACUGUACACACUGCUGAGGUCUCUGCUACUGAGACCAGAGGAAAAAAUCCCUGCCAACUCAGCUGAGUUGGCCUUAUCUUACCUGCAGCUCAGCACAGGGAAGGUAACAGGUCUCCAGUUACUUCUUCAGAAAUGUGAACACACCCAGGCUGGCUCUGCCGAGUUUGCCUUGUGUUAAGCAGUAAAUAUCAAGCAUUUCAUCAUAGCUAAUGAUUUUCACAGCUUGCUUUCCAAUGCUCAUCAACUGCAAUGGAGACAGGUAGUAUAGCAGCCACUUCAUCAAUAAUAAAUAUAUUCUUUAUUUUACACAGA